AUGGCGAACGAGGUGCACCUUUCUGACGACCAGCUGAGUCCACCAAGAAACAAAUCUCCAAACAUUUUCUCACAAACGAAGUUGUUUCCACUUGGCUUCAUGCCAGCACUGCGGAACAACAACAAACAGUUUGGCCGACCUUUGUGGCAUGCUUCUGCCACUAAUCUAGAUAAAAUGCCUGAAACCAAAAAUGUUACAACCAAAGGUUUCGCUAACAGAGAUCAAACCAACGAAUAUAACACGAAAACGAAAAAAGCGACAUACAGCGAAGAAAAGACAACUUACGUCAGUCGAGUCAGCGUAAAAGACCACCAGAGCUCGAAAACAAAAUUUUUGAUGGUGCCAAAAACGUUAAAAGAUUCAGCUAUAGACGACUACGAAGAUGCAAAUUUUUUCAGAGAAAUUAAAACCUCGUCCAGCGAUUAUGUUAGUGUGAAGCAGGAAGAACAUGAAGCAGAUGAUUCCGAUUCCACAGAUUCUCUUGGCAACAUCGUUCAAAAAAGAAUUGCAAUGUUUGAACAGAAAGUUAAAUGA